AUGUCUCCUCCGUUGGUUUCAAACUGCGAUUUCACUCCCGUCAAGUCCGGUCAGGUCAGUGGCCGCGUGGCUUCAGUCUACAGUGAAGUUCAAACGAGUCGUAUCGACCGCGCGCUUCCACUUCCUUCCGUUCUCCGUAAUCCUUUCAAAAUCGUCGACGGUCCCGCCAGCUCAGCCGCCGCGAUCGAGGUCAUUCUUGUUUGUCAAAAUAUUCAUCAUGAGAUUAAGAAGCUGUUUCUGAAUCUGUUCGGGCAACCGUCGGCAAGGCUGGUUCCAAACGACGUCGAUAAACUGCCAGCGGAUCAGAAGUUGAAUAUCGGUGUCGUUUCGUCCGGAGGACAGGCACCAGGUGGACACAAUGUGAUCUCAGGGAUUUUCGGCGAGGAUCUGUAA